UUUCACCUCAAAGAUCUACCCCAGAAACCUCUUCUUCCGCUACACACCAUGGGUAAAGCCAAGAAGACAAGAAAGUUUGGCCUUGUAAAGCGUACCUUGAACACCAAGAAGGAUCCCAGAUUAAAGCAGAACCAAGAGAAAGAGGGUCCAGCCAAAAGCGACCCAGAACUCGUCAGAGACGUGCCACAGGUGUCGUCUGCGUUGUUUUUCCAGUUUAAUGAGGCAAUCAAGCCGCCAUACCAGGUCCUUAUCGAUACCAAUUUCAUCAACUUCUCGAUCCAGAAGAAGAUCGACCUCGUUAGAGGUAUGAUGGACACCCUCUACGCCAAGUGCAUCCCUAUUGUCACCGACUGUGUCAUGGCGGAAUUGGAAAAGUUGGGGCCAAAGUACAGAAUCGCCUUGAGAUUGGCGCGUGAUCCGAGAAUCGAAAGGUUGACCUGUUCCCAUAAGGGCACCUAUGCAGAUGACUGUCUUGUUCACAGAGUAAUCCAGCACAAGUGUUACAUCGUCGCUACCAACGAUGCGGACCUCAAGAGAAGAGUCAGAAAGAUUCCAGGUGUGCCGAUCAUGACGGUGGGCUCCAGGGCCUACGCCAUCGAGCGUUUACCGGACGUUUUUUAAGCAUCACCUAUACUUUUUACGAUUAUCUCAGGGCUGGACUACUUCUACUUUCUCAUUGAAUUUCGAUUCUCUUUUGUAUUUUUAUAAUUCACGUCGAACCACACGAAUGCAGUGAUUUACCGCAAUAGAAUGCAGUGCUGAAACUUGUCAGGGGCCAUGCACCACUUAGAGCGCUCGAGACUCGCUUUAUCACCUGAAACAAUCCACAUAUUUGGAAUAAAUGAUCAAGGUUAAUGCUUGCCAAAUCCCUCACAUCUAUGAGAGUGCACUAUGGUUUCAAUUCAAAAUUCAUCUUAGCACAGAAUCAUGGAUGUU